CAUCACCAUCACCACCACGCCACCUUCAACGGUACACACCCGCAGCACGCUAGCUCAGAUACAGCUACGUAGAGCACACAAGAUCAUAGAUGACCUGAACAUCCUUCGCUUGAGCCGCUACCAGCCAUGGCUCCAUCACCGGCACCCAGGCGCAAGCAGCGGCCCAGCGCUUCCGCCACCGCCUCCUCCUCCUCGAGUGGAGCCACUCCCACGCUCCUGUCCUUCUUCCAGCAAAAGGCAGGUGCAUCGCCUGCAUCGCCAUCUUCCCCAAGAGCUGAGAGACAGUCGCCCACGAAGCCUUCGCCAAGGUCGGACGCUUCUCUAGCAUCGGCAGCAGCAUCUGCUCCAGCUAAUGAGGCUGAGCAGCUGCAGUGGGCCAUGAGGGAGAGCUUGAGAGAAGAGGAGGAGAGGAAGAGUAGAGGAGAAGCAGAGGUGGCAAGAGCACUGGCAGAAGCACACAGUCGUGGUGAAGGUAGUAGCAAGGAUCACAUGCCGCCUCCUCCUUCCCCUGCUGCUGCUGCUGCUGCUAGGUCUGCCUCCCCACGCUUACCACCACUCAAGAAGGUCAAGCUGGAAGAGCGCGAGGAUGGCUUUGGUCCUAUCGCUCCAGCAGAGGCUCUUACCACUAUUGCAAGUACAGAGUCUGCUGCUACUGUCAACGUCAAGAGGGAGAGGAGGUCCGUCUCACCAGCCCUACCUCCUCCUCCUCCCUCUGCGGUAGCGGGCAAGGCUCGCGCCACUCUCCCGUCACCAGCUGCCGCUUCAUCUUCGUCGUCCUCACGCGACGCCUUUUCACUACUCAUGUCCAAUACCAACGUACCCGGUGCACCGCUCGCAGGCCCUUCCGCCACAUCCUUGUCGACGCAAUUGAUAGGACCUCGUACCUCGACGGACCUAGACCCUUUGCUGACUCCCUCGACGCUCCUCAAGCUCUGGUCUCACUGCGAUGCCAUCGAAGGUCGCAAUCGAGCGCUCAAGGGCACCCGCAAGCCCCGAGGAGUGCCCUUUUACAAGGUACUCCACGGCAUGCCUCUCUCCGUCGAUGCCUUUCGCUUCGGCGCCAUCCCUGGCUGCGUAGGCUAUUUCCUCUCCCACGCCCAUUCCGAUCACUACGUUGGUCUCUCGCACAAUUGGUCUGCCGGACCAGUCUACUGCACAGAGACGACUGCAAACCUCCUCGCUACUUCGUUACGAGUGCCACGGGCCUUUUUGCAUCCACUGCCAUUGCAAGAGGAGGUGGAGAUCCCGCACAGUGGAGGUAUCAAAGUGACAUUGCUUCCAGCGAAUCACUGUCCCGGUUCGUGUGUCUUCCUCUUCCGGGGACCACGAACUGCAUACAUCCUUCAGCCAGCUCCUGCCUCGUAUGGCAUCCCUGCCCCUCUAUCACUUCCCUUUCUCGACAUGACCGGCAGAGAAAAGGAGUGGAUCUACUUGCACUGUGGCGACUUUCGUGCUUCGCCCUAUCUCCUAGAGCACCCGCGCAUCAAGGGAAAACACAUCGAUAUCAUCUACCUCGACACUACGUACCUCAAUCCGCGCUACUGCUUUCCAGCACAGGAAGAAGUGGUGAGAGAGUGUGGGCAGUGCGCGUAUGGUAUGCUUGCCAGCGACGAGGAGCGCGCUCGAGCAGAUGAGCAACGCCGCAAGUGGGAGAGCGAAGGCAUCGUCGUCGAGCGGGCAGACAGCAAAACGUGGCGGGUGAACAAGCGCGAGCGCGAAGCCGAGGAGAAGCGUAUACAGCUUGAGGGGGAGAGAAAAGGAAUGCGGCGGUGGAUGGGGAUACAGGACACGGCCAAGAGAGAGGAGGGCGAGGAGGAUGACAAAACCACCGGGAUAGGACGAGUCAUUGUCAAGCCGCCGUUAGGGACAUUGGCAAAGGGUCUGUUCCGCUAUGAUGAAGAGCCUGACAGUGACGAGGAUGUCAAAGUGUCAGUCGAUGAGGACGAAGAAGCGGCAUGGAUGGCUGCACAUCAAGUAAAGGCAGAAGAACCCGAAGCCGACGUUCGCAAUCCGUCAGAGAGCCUUGCUGACCUCACCGCAGAGCAAGACGAGGAAGAAGAAGAUGCCGACGAUUUCGGCCUUGGCGAGCUGGCGGAGGAAGAUCUAGCUUUGGACGACGGCGAGUUGGCCGAGCUGCAAGGUCCUCUCGAGGACGAGCCAAGCCAACUGGAUCAAGGUGACGAUGCAGACUUUGGCGAUCCAGAUGAUGGUGACGGUGUCGAUGAAUCCAAGGCAGACAUCCAGUCUUCCAUCGACACGCGCCGCUCAACUGCUACGCAAUCGACCCUCCCCUUUACUUUCUCCUUCAAUGGCUCUCCCUCUUCUCGCCUGCUAGUCCUCGUCGGCACCUACUCCAUCGGCAAGGAGAAAGUAGCCCUCUCUUGUGCCCUCCGUCUAGGCACGCGCAUCUUCUGCUGCGAUCAACGCAAGUAUCGUAUCUUCCAACAACUCGUCGAUGAACCCCUCUUACAGUCCCUCCUCACCAAAGACCCCUUCAAGGCACAAGUGCACGUGACGAAUCUUUUUGCUCUUAACUUUGAGAGUCUCACAGGCCACUUGAAGGCUCUGCACAAGCAGGCAGAGGAGAGGACUGCAGCAGGUGAAAAGGGACUGGAGCCAUUCGGUCGCAUCGUCGCUUUCAGACCAACAGGCUGGGCCUACAAGCCCCGCCCUGGCGAGUCGACGGAGCCUAGUCUCGCCCGCCUCCUCUCGGCCAACCUCACCUCGCAACCCUACUCGCACAGGACCUUCCAGCCAACUCGCGACUCGACUCGUCAAGUACAGAUCCUCCCUAUUCCUUACUCGGAGCACUCCUCCUUCCUAGAGCUCAGUGCAUUCAUGAUUGGGCUGGACAGUUGGGGCAGAUGUGUCCCUACUGUGAAUGUGGGCAAUGGGAAGAGUAGGGCAAAGAUGGAGGCAUGGAUUCGAAAGUGGAAAGAGGAAGGGGUGAGGAGACGUCGCAAGGGGAAGAAGGUCGAAUUGAGCGAAUUGGCUAGACAGAUGGAGUACUUCUGAUUCGGGCUCCUAGAGGAGAGUGGGAGCCCGCAUUGUGUAUUUUGUACAUGAAAGCAGUGGGUAUGCGACAUCUAUUGUAUUAAAUUUGCUGCGUC